UUCAAAUAGGAGGUUUUCUUACAAUUAGCAGUGAUCAACUGAUCAAUUACGGAGUAUAUAUAAGCGAAGAAGAAGCCACGUGUCCCUCAUGCUCCUUGGUAGUUAAAGUGAUCUACGACAAGGAAACCUUUGUCUCGAAACAGGAGGAAUUCGCAAAGAACGAGGAAAAGGAAUUAGUAGCACAAGAAAGUUAAAAAACCAUUUAGGACACAAAAUACUUAGAAACAAUGGCAGGACGCGGCAGAGGAAAACCUACUAUGUCCUUCAACACUGAACAGUUAGGUGUUAAUAAAGGGGAAUUACCACCUCAAGUUUUACAACCUCCACUACCUUAUCCUAUGCUGGAUCUUCACGUUUCAAACUUUGAAUCUACUAAUGAGAUUAAUUAUUUAGUAGAGUUGAAAAGGGAUUUUGCUGAAUACAUGCGAGAUUCAUUGAAUAAUAUAACGCCAGAAGUAAUGAAGAAGGACAUUGAACGAUAUUCCGAUCAUUAUCAAGAUGUAUUGGAUAAUUCAGAGCAGAAGCCCAAGUAUGAUUGGAGCAGAAUGCCAGAAGAAUUAGCACCAUCGUUGAAGCGUAAAGCUACCAGCAGCCUAAAGGCAGGAAAUAAUCAGAAGAUGAAAACAAACACAAAGAGAAAGAGGCCAAGAGUCAUAGACGAUGAUGACGACGACGACAACAAACAAGGUACUGAAGAAAAGCCGAAGCAGCAGAAGAACACAAAGCAGGCACAAGAUAACAUAGAGAAGGAGAUUAAAGAAGAGGAAGAGGAGGAUGAGGAAAACUCAGACGAGGAGAUGGAAGAGUACGAAAUAGACGAGGAAAUGGACGAUGGUACCGAUUACGUAAAUAAUUACUUCGACAACGGUGAGGGUUUCGACGACGAAGAGGAAAAUCAAGACGAUGGACCUCUUUAUUAGUACCUCCUGCAGGGCAGUAGCACAUCUGUUCAAUGACUGAGUAGCAAUUAGGAUUGGAGCACCGACGAGUCGCUCGUACAACUCAAUGCCGUAUGAUGUGUAAAGUUCUUUUUAUUAUGCAUCUCAUACGCCGUUAAUUGUAUAUAAUAACAUUGCCUGGACAUGAAAAUCGAUUGGUGCGCGUGUUACACUGGGGACAAAGGUCGCUUGAUCGCUCGUGUGGCUCACUGGAAUAAAUACAACCUGAAUGAAAUGAA